AAAACCAAUCUUGAAGGCACUAAAGCGCGUGGAAAUACUGAUCUUUGUUGAAGAGGAGUAACUCUGAUCGGCUUCUACAGACUGGCCGUUGCUUGUGUGAACAACAAAUAGAAUCACUCGUCGGAGAGCGCACCAAUUCAUACUCUCUGUCUGAAAGGGGUGACCGAGAUCACAAUAACAAUGGUGAAGGGCGUGGCUGUUCUUAGCAGUAGUGAGGGUGUCAGUGGCACCGUGCACUUCGUCCAAGGAGGAGAUGGUCCAACUACAGUUACAGGAAGCGUUUCUGGACUUAAACCUGGACUUCACGGUUUCCAUGUCCAUGCUUUUGGUGACACAACAAAUGGUUGCAUGUCAACUGGACCACAUUUUAAUCCUGCUAGCAAAGAGCAUGGUGCUCCUGAGGAUGAAAACCGCCAUGCUGGUGAUCUUGGUAACAUCACAGUUGGUGCAGAUGGCACUGCAAGCUUCACCAUUACUGACAAUCAGAUUCCACUUUCUGGACCUCUUUCCAUCAUUGGAAGGGCUGUUGUUGUCCAUGCUGAUCCUGAUGAUCUGGGAAAGGGUGGCCAUGAACUCAGUAAAAGUACUGGAAACGCCGGCGGAAGGGUUGCCUGUGGUAUCAUUGGGCUCCAGGGUUGAUCAGCCGACUGAUCAAUUAGUUAGUCGUUUUCCCAAGUUAUAAUCCUGCAACUAUGUCUGAAAUUAAGUUAGUAGCUAAGACUUUGUUGGAAUAGAUGGACUUGGUGUUUGGUCUGGUCUGUAAUCCUUGUUGCCUUCUUUUGCAAAUUUCAAGCCUUUUGUCAAAGGAACGAAAGAUAAAACUGGCGCUUGUUGACACUCCUACACCUUUGCUUACUAUUGCUCAAUCUGAGUCUUAUCUGCUUUGUUAA